GGCACUCUCCAGAAAGCAUCGUCAAUUUGCGGCAAUUCUCUUGAUAUUUUCAAUGUUUGGAUUGCAAGUGGUUCAUGGUUUAUUGAGAAAAUUCACAAUCGCACUCAAAUCUUCAAUGAAAGCGAAUAUUUAAAGCUGAAAGAAAUUGACGAUAUGGCGAUUGAUUUUAGCGACGGUAUAAACUUAUCCACUUGUGACGGUCUUAACUUGCACGUUCUGAUCCCACAGGUUAGAGGUGGACCGAUGCUGUGGGACAUCAUUCAUCGUAUUGAUUUUAAGCUCCGUUGUAUGCAACCUGAGAAUGUGAACAGCAAGGAGUGCUCUUGGAUCAACGGUCUCAAGUAUUACGUAUAUUCAGCGGUAAUGGGCCACUUUGCUGAUUUUUCUCUUUAA